AUGUCAGCUCUCGCUCGCCAUCUGAAAGUCCGCUGCGAUUUCUUCUCGAGUCUGCUCGACGACCGUCCGUUGCCGAUCGGCGAGGUGUCCUCCUCCGUGCUCGCCGCAUCAUGCCAGCGCAUCCAAUCUCCUCAAGACGGUUCCGCCAGAAUAACACCAGACGCCACUGAAACCGAAAAGGGCCUUCUCAUGCUCGUCACAGCCGAUUUUCCAGGCCUCCAGGUGUGCAAUUCCGAGGGCGUCUGGUCGCCGGCGGACCAGGGCGUGCCGCCGGGAAGCCUGCUGCUGCUGGCCGGCCGUUGCCUCCAUCGCACCACGGCCGGCCUCUGCCCCGCCUCCACCUACCGCGUGCUGCCGCCCGCCUCCUCGGGAACCACCAGGUGCGCGCUCUCGUUCCGCCUCAUGCCGCGCCCAUCCGCGGUGAUCGACUGCGCCGUGCUGGCGCACGCGGGCCACGCCGUGCCCGCGGCCAUGCGCGAGAGUGUGUGCGCGGGGGCCUUCAUGGACGCGCUGGCCCCGUCCGCCUCCGCCGCUGACCUGGGAGGCGCUGACAGAGAAUCCAGCCUGGCGGUCUCGUGCAAGCUGGAGAAGUCUUCUCUUGCGUCCAUGGUCUCCGACCCUGUCUCGGGGUCGCUGCUAGAGGAUGCGAUGGUGGCCCAGUGUGGGCAUUCCUUCGGCGGAGCAACACUCGCAAGAGUCAUGGACUCGAUGGUGUGUCCAUACUGCAUGGCGCCUGUUGACGUCAUGGCGCUCAUUCCCAACCUCGCUGUGAGGUCCGUGGCAUCAUGUUUUGGAAAAGGCCUGCCGCACCACACAGGGGUGGGGGCUGGGCCGAGCGCAAAGCCGCACAAGAGGAAGCGUGACAAGGAGCACACUGGGGAGGGCAAGCUGUUGCCAGAUGGCUCCAUGCCCCAACCAAUCAAGCGCCGCCCCAAGCCUGAGGACUCGGGCCUUCUUGGAUCCCCUGAUGCUGAAGGGGGAGGCCGCCUGAGAGGCGUCCAGUUCCCAUUCUCUGUGAACGAAAAGGUCCUCAUAAAGGGAAAUAAACGAACGCCUGAGAAGUUCUUUGGCAAGGAGGCUGUGAUCACCUCGCAGUGCCUCAACGGCUGGUAUCUCGUGCGAGUGCAGGACUCGGGGGAAAGCGUCCGUCUGCAGUAUCGCUCUCUCCAGAAGUGUGAUGGAUCGCCGGUGGAAGGCAAGUAUGAGGCUCACCAUGCCAGCACAGCAGAAGCACAGGCGGAGGAAGCAGGAGCAGGCGGGGACGACAACAGCUGGUGGGGCGAGGGGGGUGAGAAGCGCAUGAUGGGUGAACCAUCCGCCUCUCAGCCAAUGAUGGGCGAGAUGUCAGCCUCUCAGCCAAUGAUGGGCGAGAUGUCAGCCUCUCAACCAAUGAUGGCAGCCACCUGGCAAUGCUGGUCACCGCUUAUGGAAGGUCGUGCAGCCAUGCUGACCUCACCGCCGCCGCCCAGCAGUCAUGCAGCAAUGAUGAGCCCGCCGCCGCCCAUGGGCGGGCGGCCUUCCAGUGUGGCGGAAUCGAGCUGUUUCGAUGCGGCUCAGAACCAGCAGGAUGGUCACCGGGCAGUGCCGAUGCUGAGUGGGGAGGCAGGGGGUGGGCUUUCUGGGAGUGGGGAGGCAGGAAGGGGUGGGAAUGAAGCGCUGGUAGGUUCGGGGUUGGGGGUGUUGCCUGGGCAUCAGCAUGAGCAGCAGCAGGGGGGGUCUCUUCUGGCCCAGGGGACGCAUGCACUGAUUGCUGCAGCUGCAGCUGUGGAAGCAGAGUGCAGGGGGGAAGCGACUGGUGGGGAUGGUGAUGGUGCUGGUUCUGGUGGCGGUAAGGCUCCCCUUGUUACCAGUGGAGGGCAAUACAGGGGCACACAGGGCAGCAAACAUGGGGCCGGGGCGGGUCGGUCGGGCAGUGUGGCUGAUAGACGUCUGUCGGACCAGCAAGGGCCGCUGCCUCUGUGGAUGUCACCUGACACUGCCACCACGAUUUUGCACCAAGCGAUAUCCGAUGCUGGCAAUGCUGGCAGUGUGGAGCGUGGUGGUGGGGAGUUGGGAGCGGUGAACAAUCAGGCUGGCUAG